AUGAUUUACCUACCGUCGAUGAUGCGCCCAAUGAGUGAUUCCUCCUCGUACACCAAUUCCAGAGGAUCCUUGUGUGAACCGCUCAAAGAAUCUAUACACGUAACAGCCAGUUUACAUGAUGUAAUUGACAAUAAAGAUAAAGCUUUGCAGUCGACAUCUAGUAUACAUCAUUUGCCGCACCAUCGUUCUCGCCAGCAUCACCUGCAGAAGUACAAAGAGCCGCACACUAGGGGUGGUGGUAAGCCCGGAAUCACUUUUGGAGUAGGAAUUGGCAUGAACCCACGUAGAUUGGGAUUUGAAAAACAAGACCAUCCACCUCCCAGAGAAUAUUUCCAUGAGCAACAAAAUCAUGUCCGUGUCCAGGUACAUUCAAGAGCGGGCGUUGACGCGGAAUCCAGCUGGACGCUCAAUCAUGUCGAAACCUGUGAGGCUGACCGUUGUUCAGGAAUUUCAGAAACCCAUUCUGGAUCUUGUCCAAAUUUGAGAACCCAAAGUAAAUCUGUUAUAGUUGCAGACCAUGUGAAAACUCGACGUAGCAUAACCACAACUGAAGCAGAUUCAUCCUUAGAAUAUCGGUCCGAUCAAGGUACGAUGAAAAAGACACAUUCUGAUUUUGAAAUAGCUAGCAAAGAUACAGAAUCAUAUACUUCUGACGUUCGACUAUUUUCUGAUAAACUCCUCUAUUUCCCGCAUAUACAUAGUCGUUUGCGUGUACAGUUCAAAAAAGGGUGUGAUCCCUCCAACGCACCGGUACAAGUUCCAUUGUUAGAGAAGGUGCCAAUGGAAGGUCUUCUACCGUUUGUUUGUGGUCGAAGCACCCAAAACUUCUAUCAAAACACGCCAGUUGUGGUUGAAAAGAAGAAAAAGUCCAUACCCCGGCAGAAUUCUAUGCGCCGUAAAAUGAGCCAUUGGGGGUCCUGGGUGAAACGAUCAUCUUCAAACAGUGUGGAGCUUCAGAGGAAGAAGAAUGAGCGCUCACACCUUUGGCACUCUGGUGGAAGUGCUAGUUUCCGAAGAAUGAAUACUCAUCUAGACAGCGCUCCCGACUACAUCAAAGAGAACUCACUCGCAAUUUCAGAGUACUUAGAAUCAGAAUCUGGAUGCAGCCAGUCAGUUGAUGCAAUCAACCGGCGAGUGAUUUUAAACGUGAGUGGCUUGAAAUUCGAGACAUGGUCAGCAGUGCUUGAAAGUCGCCCGACAACUGUUCUUGGGGACCCUGAAAAACGAAGACCCUUUUGGGAUUCAAAAAGACGCGAAUAUUUUUUCGAUCGCCACCGGCCAAGCUUUGAAGCAAUUUUCAAUUAUUAUCAGUAUGGUGGUUGUUUAAAGCGGCCAGCCGUCGUAUCGGACGAUAUAUUUCUAAAAGAGUUGGAGUUUUUUCAAAUUGAAGAUGCUGCAAUAGAAAGUUAUAAAAAAAGUGAAGGAUACGUUCCAGAGGUGAUUGUGCUACCAGAAAUCUCAUGGAAAAGAACGUUGUGGCUAUUGUUUGAGUAUCCUGAAACUUCUCUGUCGGCAUUUUGUGUUUCAGUGACGUCUGUUCUUUUCACUGUGAUAUCCAUAAUAUUAUUUUGUGUGGAAACCUUGCCGGCUUAUUCGACAACGCACUGUGAACCUGGAGAUAGGCCGAACUUUCUGGAUCCCUUUUUCAUAAUCGAAACCAUGUGCACCAUAUGGUUUACUGCAGAGCUCUCGAUCCGCUUUCUCAGUUGUCCAAGUAGGAGAUCGUUUCUAAAAGAUAUCAAGAACCUGAUUGAUUUAGCAGCUAUUGUACCAUACUAUCUUACUUUAACGAACGUGCUGAUUACAUUCAGCUGCGAAGGGGCCAAAAGCAGUGCAAGCCUUGGUUUUCUUCGUGUCAUCCGGCUUAUAAGAGUGUUUAAGUUGACCAAGCACUCCUCAGGACUACAAGUACUUGUGCUGACCUUCAAGGAGAGUAUCGAAGGUCUGAGCCUGUUUUUGGUAGCAUUCAUUGUAUGUAUUCUGGUAUUUUCAAGCACAAUUUACUAUGUGGAAAUUGACCGCAAGGAUUCUCAGAUCGAAAGCAUUCCAGAUGCCUUCUGGUGGGCCGUGAUUACCAUGUGUACAGUUGGUUACGGUGACAAGGUUCCCAAAGGACCACUGGGCAAACUGGUUGGCAGUGUUUGUGCCGUAGCUGGUGUCUUGACGCUCGCUAUCCCUGUUCCUAUCAUCACUGAAAACUUUAAUAAAUUUUAUGCACAUAAAACUGGCCGCGGCAGACGAUAA